UUUUGAAACCUUUUUAUUUCCCCUUUGUGGUGUUGAGUGUCUCUAGGCGGCUGGCUUCCCUCUACUGUACUAUCAGAUAUACGUCGAUAAACAAAACGUUUAAUUAACCUUUGUACUUAUAAGUUUUUCCGCACUUCAGAUGCCAGAUGUGAACACCAGUAAAUCUACUUCUCCAUCUAAUGGUGGAAAUGUAGAGGAACCAUAUAAAACCACACCACAAAUUCAAUCAGAUGUUGUCAGAGCGUCUCCAGUGACUCCAGUGUCUAAAUCAUCCAAUAAUCAGACGAUUAACCACACGGAAUUUGCUUAUUUAACGUUACCUGCUGAAAGUAAUUUCAAGACACAACAGGAUGUCGAUCCAGAUGGGGGAAAACUGGAUCCUUCAACACAAAUGCAAACAGACGCUAAUGUGAAAGAAGUUAACACAUGUUCUAUUGAGAGUACAAGCCAAGCAGACAGAAACCGUGUCAUUAGAAGGUUAGGUGUCACUAGUACUGCAUUUAUUGGGCCUGCGUGUCGCCCUGAACCUUGUAUCGAGCAGGAGCUUUGUGAAUUUUACAAAGAGCUUGAGGAAGUAGAUAAGGUCGAUGGCGACUCUGACACCAAAUCGGUUGAAGAGCAUGCCCUUCAUUCAUCCUGGAAGCCCAAAACCAACCUACCAAACAGGAAGGACAGUCCUGUUGUCGUAACUGAUCAUGGUAGAGCCUACAGACCCUACCCGGAUCCACAUGAACGCAACCAAAAAGAUCCAAAGAGAUGGAGACCUCGCUUACAAUGGAAUACAUAUGACUUUGGUGGAAGAGGACAUCCAGAGCCAAGGUAUCCACCUCCACCAUGGGUUUCUCCAGACCCAAGGAUUCAGUUCUUCCCUCCCCCAACCUCUGGAUGUCCAAUCAUGUAUCCUCCAGACAUGAGACCUCAGGAGAACUUCCACAGUCUUCAUACGAAAAACAAAAAUAACAGCUUGGGCCCAUGGGAAGGGCCACCAUUACCUUCAAACAGCUGGCAUGAACGUAGCAGUUUCCAGUCACAGGAGGAUCAUAGAUUCUCUGAGGAAUAUGAAACACCGUUAUCACACUGGCAGCAGCAAGAUCACGAAAAAGACCAAUAUCAACAUUUGGAGCUCAUUUUGUUGAGGGGAGUCCCAGGAUCUGGAAAAUCCACUUUGGCCAGAGAGCUCCUGUCCACUGGUCCCAAUGGAGUAAUAUUGAGCACAGAUGACUACUUUUUCCAAGACAACAGAUAUGUUUUUGAUUCUGCUCUGCUUGGGGACGCACACGACUGGAAUCAGAAGAGAGCUGAACAGCUGAUGUUGGAGGGCCGCUCACCUGUUAUCAUCGACAACACUAAUGUUAAAGCCUGGGAGAUGAAGCCUUAUGUUGAAUUGGCUUUAAAGAACGGAUACAGAGUGGACUUUUUUGAGCCAGAUACCUGCUGGAAAUAUGAUCCUGCCCAGUUAGAAAAGAGGAACAAGCACGGAGUCCCUCGAGAAACAAUAGCAAAGAUGCUGGAUGGUUUCGAGUGGCCGAUGAACGUUAACAUUGUGAUGAAUUCUGUGGUGCCGCCCCAUAAAAACAAAGGCCAUUAACAGAGAACCGAUGCCAUGUAGCUGUUAUUGAAAGAGAAACAUUUUCAUAUGAUCUUUUAGAAUACAAUAGGUUUUAUUUUCUUCGGUUUUAAUAUUGAUGCAGCUAAAGGUGUUUUAAUGACUGUGUGGUGGUUUUAAUGGUUUAUUGAACUUUGAGAACAAUGCAAAAUGUCUGUUUAAAUAGUAUCACUUUUCUUCUAUACUUAAACUUAGUAUGCAUAUGAAAAUGUUCUUUGCCGUCCUAGUUUUUCCCAUUGUAAUAUAGAAAUGUAAAUCGUCUAAAUCACCACAUUGAUAAGUGUCGACCAUUGGUAAGAUAAGACCAUUAGAGUCUGAUA